AUGGACAACGGACGUGUAGACUUGAGCUCUGAAAAAUUGGCCGAAUCUUUAUCAAGUUUUGUGGAAAGUGAUGAUUCCAGACAUUGUGAAUUGAAUAUAGAAAGCUCCUUAAAUGCUGUAAACAUUUUGUACAGCCAUUUCUGCUAUAAGAAGAACAAACUUAAAUGGGCUGGUUCGUUGGAAGAUCUGAAAGCCGUCGUGCUCACUGUAGUGGACGAACAAACAGCUGAAACUACAACCUGGCGAUCGCCUAGCGGUGGUACGUGGAAAUUCGACAGUAAGGCACUGUGUGUUACCUGGCAAACAAAGAGUCAGAAUAUUUAUUUUGAGGGCGAAAACGGCGAGGAAGUGACCAAACGGAUAAUUUCGCACUUAAACCAAGGCGUGCACGCUUCGUUGAAAGCUUAUUCUCUCGAAAGUAAAGCCACCGAAGCAGAACCGAGUGUGAUUGAACUUAUAUCGGACAGUUGUCGCCAAAACAACAAGCAAUUGAACGAAGACUGCAGAGAAAUUACUAUUGAGAAUGGAGAUGCGAUGAAUGAAAACGCUGAUAUCUCCUCUGCCGAUCUGGCCGAAGCAAAUUCUUGCUGCGCCUCUUGUAUCAAGCAGAGCGAAGAAAUUGAUCAACUGAAGGCUGAAAUAGUUUGUCUCAAGAAGUCGGUGAAGUCAAGCGAGUAUAUGCAAAUUAACCGCCUGCAAAACGACAACUCUAGCUUAAUCAAAACAGUUGAAAUGCUUACAAAACAACUUCUAAAUUUGAAUACGGUUGAUGCAAAUAUUGAUCCCAGUUCUCAAGUAUCGAAGGAACCCGCUCCUAAAGUGUCGAAAAAGCAGAAAAAGAGCAAGAAGAAGAAAAUGAAGGCCAAGGAGGACAUUGAAUCGGCAGAAAAAAAUGUUUCUCCGCCUCGUCAAGCACAUGCUGCCCCCACUAGCGGUAUGGAAAAUGUGAAUGACGAUGUUGCAGCUACCACGAGCAAGAAUAGAGCAAAAGAAGUGGUGGUAAUUGCUGGUGAUUCACUAAUUAAGAAUGUUGUCGGAGCAAGCAUGAGCAAGACUGACCCUAAUCACUAUUACGUCGUUAAAGCAUUCCCUGGUGCAAAUCUUUCUGAUAUGGAAGAUUUCAUUAAACCUAUCACCCGAAAAUCACCCGAAAAAAUCAUCUUACAUGUUGGAACGAACGACUUAAAGAAUUCUCCUGCAAAAGUAAUUGCCGAUUCAUUACUGAAUCUGACGACCCAGAUAAAGGAAGACUCGCCAACUACUGUGGUAGGUGUAUCAGCUUUGUUGACCAGAAAUGAUAAUGCAAACCUAGCCACUAAAGUUAAACAAGUUAACUUUAUCCUAGAUAAUUAUUGUCGUAUGAAUAAGAUACCAUUCUUAAGAAAUGCUAAUGUGAACAAUUCUCACUUGAACAAUAAAGGUCUACAUUUAAAUAAACAAGGCAGCGAAACUCUACAAAACAAUUUUAUUGAAUUUACUAACAAUUUUAAUGAAUGACUUGUUACGUAUAAUGUUGCUGAGUCUCUUGAUAAUGCGAAUGCUGUCAAUUCUAAUACUAAUAGCGACAUAAAUCCGCUUUUACCUAAGAUGAGUGGUUUCAAAAUUGCGUCACUUAAUAUAACUAGUUUAGUAAAACACAUUGAGAAACUUCGAAUUUUUCUAGCCGAUAAUAUUAUUGAUGUUUUGGCUAUCAAUGAGACAAGGCUUGAUUCUGCGGUUAGCGAUAAUGAGGUGCACAUACAAGGUUAUGAAAUUGUUCGCCGCGAUAGAUACUUAAACGGUAGAUGCGGUGGUGGUGUUUGUUUUUAUAUACGAAGUUGCAUUAAUUUUUCGGUACGAUACGAUUUGAAAUUUGAUGAAAUGGAAAAUUUAUGCAUUUCAAUCAAUAAACCUAGAUCUAAGCCUUUUCUUAUAGUGACAUGGUAUAGGCCACCAAAUUCGGUCGUGGAUAAGUUUAAUCACCUAGAAACGCUACUAGGCAAACUUGAUGCUGAAAAUAUUGAGUACUAUCUGGCGGGUGACCUGAAUUGUGAUUUAAGCUCUACAGUCUUGAUCAUAGUUCAAGGUAGCCUGCAUGGCAGGCGCAAAACUGGGUGUAAAUGAACUACCGCCCCUGAAGCAUCAACGCUAUUUAUAGAUGCAUUAAUUAAGUAAAUAUUCAAAAUUAGCCACUCCCAAGCUGCUCCCAAGUCCCAACUGCCCAACAUAAAAUAAAUUCCUUGAUUCUCAUCACCGCCCGACUGAAUUUUAAAAUCCUCGUGAAAACGUUUUAUUUUUCGUUAUACAAUAUAAAUGUACCGCCCGACAAAAUAAUUCAAGACAGUUAAUUUUUUCAUAUUUUAUAUAGAGUUUUUAUUGCCAUUUUAAACUUCCAAUUUGAAACAAACAGAAUUUUGAGUGAAAUUUCAUUGUAUUUUAAAGAAACCCAGUCAUUCUGUCAUUGUUCGUGGAGAUACGAACUAUUGAUAUAUAAAUUAUAUAAAUAUAAAAUAUAAAAAAUAAAUCUCCCACUGUCUUCGACAUUUCAAAGUGUAGACUGUGUCUAGCGAUGAGAAUCAAGGAAUUUAUUUUAUGUGCAGCCUUUAAUAUAAACCAAGCCGCCCGUUUAGCUGCCUUAAAAUGGUGGUUUAAUAAGCUCAAAAUACAAAGCAUGCAAGUCUAUACUAUAGAUUCAUCAUCAGUCAACAACCAAACUGAAAGUAUUGAACCUUAUAGAACGAUAGUUUUUAUUUGUUUACAACUAUACAUAUUCAACGGGUAUAUAAGAGUUUAACUGUUAUUUGAUAAUUACUGCAUCAACCGGCCCCUUGUUUAUACUUUGGAGGUUCGUAUAUAAUAUCUAUCAAGUAUCUUUGGUUCAGAACAUGACUGAUAGGCCUAUAUGGAAAUCCCACUGUUCGAUUCAGUGAAGAAAUAUCUCCUAAUUUCUAUCGAUAGUUUUAGUAAAAUGUCAACAUUAUUGCGAUUUAUGGCGAGAUAGUAUAUUAUCAAAUUAAUACGCAUGUAAUUGUCUGAACGAAAAUAUAGACUAGCCCAUACCUUUCGCCGAUCAUAACUUCGGCCCCUUCGGACGUAUCUUCUUUGUUAAAUAUUCUUGUUCGAAUCUCUAUCAAUAACACUAUUUAGAGUGUUAUUUUUCAGCUUGUAUCUUUUAAUUUGCUUCUUUUAUUAUGUUAUUCCAUUUCUGGUCUGACUUGACGUGAACUAAUUUCAAAACGCAGAGUUUCAAAACGUCAAAACAUUUGGUUAAUGAUUAACAUUUAACCGAAUUUAGCCGUUGAUUGACAACUACAUAAAAAUACUAACCAAUCCGUUUUUCCCGUUCACCAGCGGACGGGUAAUUCAAAAACCCCUAGUUUUGCGGCAGACGGUAUUUCCUUUGCUUCCCUAAUUUUCGCUGCCCGUAUAAAUAUCGCCUGCCAUGCAGGCUAGCGAGUGGCGAGAACACAACGGCACAAAAUAUAGCCUGCAUGGCAGGCGGUACGUAGGAAAUACCGCCUGCCGCAAAACUGGGUGUAAAUGAACUACCGCCCCUGAAGCAUCAACGCUAUUUAUAGAUGCAUUAAUUAAGUAAAUAUUCAAAAUUAGCCACUCCCAAGCUGCUCCCAAGUCCCAACUGCCCAACAUAAAAUAAAUUCCUUGAUUCUCAUCACCGCCCGACUGAAUUUUAAAAUCCUCGUGAAAACGUUUUAUUUUUAGUUACACAAUAUAAAUGUACCGCCCGACAAAAUAAUUCAAGACAGUUAAUUUUUUCAUAUUUUAUAUAGAGUUUUUAUUGCCAUUUUAAACUUCCAAUUUGAAACAAACAGAAUUUUGAGUGAAAUUUCAUUGUAUUUUAAAGAAACCCAGUCAUUCUGUCAUUGUUCGUGGAGAUACGAACUAUUGAUAUAUAAAUUAUAUAAAUAUAAAAUAUAAAAAAUAAAUCUCCCACUGUCUUCGACAUUUCAAAGUGUAGACUGUGUCUAGUGAUGAGAAUCAAGGAACUUAUUUUAUGUGUUAAUAUAAACCAAGCCCGUUUAGCUGCCUUAAAACGGUGGUUUAAUAAGCUCAAAAUACAAAGCAUGCAAGUCUAUACUAUAGAUUCAUCAUCAGUCAACAACCAAACUGAAAGUAUUGAACCUUAUAGAACGAUAGUUUUUAUUUGUUUACAACUAUACAUAUUCAACGGGUAUAUAAGAGUUUAACAGUUAUUUGAUAAUUACUGCAUCAUGCAACCGGCCCCUUGUUUACACUUUGGAGGUUCGUAUAUAAUAUCUAUCAAGUAUCUUUGGUUCAGAACAUGACUGAUAGGCCUAUAUGGAAAUCCCACUGUUCGAUUCAGUGAAGAAAUAUCUCCUAAUUUCUAUCGAUAGUUUUAGUAAAAUGUCAACAUUAUUGCGAUUUAUGGCCUUUGAAAGUCAAGCGAGAUAGUAUAUUAUCAAAUUAAUACGCAUGUAAUUGUCUGAACGAAAAUAUAGACUAGCCCAUACCUUUCGCCGAUCAUAACUUCGGCCCCUUCGGACGUAUCUCCUUUGUUAAAUAUUCUUGUUCGAAUCUCUAUCAAAAACACUAUUUAGAGUGUUAUUUUUCAGCUUGUAUCUUUUAAUUUGCUUCUUUUAUUAUGUUAUUCCAUUUCUGGUCUGACUUGACGUGAACUAAUUUCAAAACGCAGAGUUUCAAAACGUCAAAACAUUUGGUUAAUGAUUAACAUUUAACCGAAUUUAGCCGUUGAUUGACAACUACAUAAAAAUACUAACCAAUCCGUUUUUCCCGUUCACCAGCGGACGGGUAAUUCAAAAACCCCUAGUUUUGCGGCAGACGGUGGCAUGUAGUAAAACACUGACUACCGGAACACCGGAACACCACCGGAACACCGGAACACCACCAUUUUGUUUGGGGUUAGGGUUUGGGUUAGGGUUAGGAUUGGGGGUUAGGGUUGGGGUUAGGGUUAGGAUUGGGGGUUAGGGUUGGGGUUAGGGUUCCUUUGCCUCCCUAAUUUUCGCUGCCCGUAGAAAUACCGCCUGCCAUGCAGGCUAAGUUCAAGGUUGCUCAUUGAUAUUGCUGAAACAUUCGAUCUUCAACAACUGAUAACUGAACAAACUCGAAUUACAAGUUCAUCGUCAACAUUGAUAGAUCACAUUUUUACAAACGCUCCUGAUAGAGUGGUCUGCUCUGGUGUUUCUCACAUUAGUAUAAGUGAUCAUAGUCUUGUUUAUGCCUUUAGAAAACUUUCCGCCAGAAUGCCGACAAGAGGACAUACUACAGUAAGCUAUAGAAAGUUUAAAAACUUUGAUUCUGCCAAAUUUCGUAAUGAUAUUAGUCAGCAAAACUGGGACUUUAUCCAUCAAUUUAAGAAUCCUAAUGAUAUGUGGCAUACUUGGAAGAACACAUUUAAUUUUGUUGUAGAAAAGCAUGCUCCUUUACGCACAAAGCGUGUCAAGGCCUCUAAAGCGCCUUGGAUUUCAUCUCACUUGAAAGGUGAAAUGCACAAAAGACAUAUUCUUAAAAUGAAGGCAAUCCGGUCUAAUGAUCCUUUAGAUUGGCAUAUUUUUAAGAAAAUGCGAAAUUCCGUAAAUCAAAAUAUUGCCCGGGCGAAGGAAAACUAUUUUAAACGUGCGUGUUCUGAAAAUAAAUCCAACUCGAAAAAGACCUGGAAUAUUAUUAAUGAUCUCACAUCUAAAAAUCGAAAAAGCUCGCAUAUUCACGAAGUUGAUUUGGAUGGUAAUUUGAUUAACGAUUCCAACAAAAUUGCUGAUGCUUUUAAUGAACACUUCUCUAACAUUGGUCCGAAGCUUGCAGAUAAUGUAGAUGUUAAUCAGAAUAAUCGUUGUUAUCUCGAUUAUUUACCUAGUCAAAAUAACAACAUUCGUUUUCAAUUAAAAGAAACUAAUUUCUCUGCAGUUUUCGUCCUUUUGUCCUGGCUAAGUAGGUCAAAAGCUACUGGUCUGGACAAAAUUUCGUCCCGCCUACUUCGAGAGUGCCCUGAUUUAAUAGCGGAAUCUCUUAGCUACAUUUUUAAUCGAUCAAUUGUCUCCGGAGUAUUUCCAGAUGAGUGGAAACACGCUAAAGUUGUCCCAAUACACAAACAAGGGAAACGUAAUUGCCCUGACAAUUAUCGUCCGAUUUCCAUUGUCUCGGUAGUGGCUAAGGUUUUCGAAAGGAUAAUUUAUGAUCAGCUGUAUUUAUUUCUAUCUGAAAAUAGUCUGUUAACUAAUUGUCAGUCGGGAUUUCGUGGUCUACAUUCUACGGUUACCGCCCUUCUUGAGGCCACUAACGAUUGGGCUUAUAAUAUCGAUCAUGGAAGCGUAAAUGCUGUCCUGUUUCUCGACCUCAGGAAGGCGUUUGAUACCGUAGACCGCGAGAUUCUUUUAGGAAAACUAAAUUCAUAUGGCAUCAAUGGUGUUGCUGGCAACUGGUUCAGAUCAUAUCUCAGUGAACGGAAACAAAAACGUUAA